AUGGCUGGAUUGUGGCAGCAGCUCUGCUCCUUCUGGCAGGGUCGAGCCCUGUUUCUCAUCCACUUUAUUUGUCUUCUCCCCCCAGCCUCAGGAGCUUUUCCUUUGGAUACCAAAACCAUCUCAACCCAGGUGAAGGGGUUUGAGGUGGUGAGGGGAAAUUUCUCUUGGACCUUCCUUCGCGUUGGCUACCACAAGAUUGCAGAGAUUCCUGCAGGGGCACGUAACAUCAGCAUCCAGGAGACAGUGAAGAGCCGAAACUAUCUGGCUCUCCAGACCAAAAGUGGCAUCUCCAUCAUCAAUGGAAACUGGGUGAUUGACAGGCCUGGCACCUACACUGCUGUGGGAACACAGCUAAUAUAUCGACGGCCUAAUGAGAUCCGCUCACGAAAUGGAGAGUCCAUCACUGCACAAGGGCCGUUGACUGAGGACGUGCAUUUUUAUCUGAUCUACCAGCAACCAGGUCCUAGUGUACACUAUGAGUACAGCAUCCCUUUAAAUACAAAUCCCACUCUUCAGACAGGCACUCAUCCUGACCUUCUUUUCAUGGCUGAAACUGUAGGUCCAUCCUUUACAGAUAAAAGGGUGGAUGAAGACGACAUCAGCAAAAAUGACAUUAUCAAGGAGACAGUCCAUCCCAAACAGGAUUCCCCUGACCCAGGUUUGGCCUCCAAAACUCAGCCCACUUACACCUGGACAAAGAGUGGGCACACAGAAUGCAGCACGACCUGUGGCACUGGAAAGCAUCAGGUGUUUUGGAAGUGUGUUGACAGGGAUUCCCAGAUGACUGUUCCCGCUGACCUCUGUGACCCUGCCACCGAACCAACAAACCAGGAAGAGGACUGCAACAAACAGCCCUGUCCUGCAUAUUGGGAUGUUGGGGAGUGGUCGGAAUGUGGCAGGAGGUGUGGCCCCAGCACUCAGCAACGCCAGGUCAUCUGUCGCCAGGUAACCCACGUUCAUCUCAACAGGACUGAGACUUCAGUUACUGUGUCGUCGGAGCUAUGCGGGUCAUCUGAUAGUCCAGUGACCAAGGCCACAUGCCAGCUGAAGAUUUGCAGUCAGUGGGAGAUACGAUCUGAGUGGAGCCCUUGUUCAGUACCAUGUGGAGUGGGCCAGCGCAGCAGGGAGGUUGUGUGUGUUAGCAACCUGGGUGAUGUGGAUGAUGAUGAGGAGUGUAACAUGAACCUAAGACCAGAAACUCUACAAAAUUGUGACAUGGGAGUUUGUGCACGCAGCUGGUUUACUUCUCUCUGGAGCCAGCGGUGCUCUGCAGAGUGUGGCAAAGGCACUAAAACCAGGUCAGUUGUAUGCCUGAUGGAUCACGUGACUGACCUGCCACUGGACAGCUGUGAAGGGGAGCGCCCCUCAGAAGUGACACCAUGUGAUUCAGGCCCUUGUCAAAAUCAGCUUGAGUGGUAUACAGGACCUUGGGGCCAGUGUUCUGCAGAGUGCGGGAAUGGCACGCAGACCCGGAGCUUGGCUUGCAUUUUUACCAGCAAUGGUCGAAAGGAAGUUGUGGACCAGUCAAAAUGUUCCAGUCUAUCUAAGCCGAUCACAGCCCAGCUCUGCAGACUAAAGCCCUGUGGCAUCCAGUGGUAUGUCACAGAGUGGAGUGCAUGCUCCCGCUCCUGUAAUGGUGGCUUCCGUGUACGUGAGGUGCGUUGUCUUGCCGACAACAUUGUCCCAAGUGACCGCUGUGACCUCAGCUCAAUGCCAGGGAGUCAAGAAGAAUGCAACAACCAACCUUGUCUGGCUGAAAUAAAUGUUUCAUGCAGUGACCAAUAUCAUAACUGCAUGGUGGUGGUUCAAGCCCGACUCUGCAUCUACCCAUACUACAGAGGUGUUUGCUGUGCCUCCUGCUCUCAUGCUCAAAAAACAUACCCCAGCUCAUUUCAAAGAAACCACGUCCGCAGGUGAUGCUGCCCGAAGAUGGGUAAAUUUAGGUCAUAACUGAAAAAGAAGAAUAAGAAAAAAACCACAAAAACAAAAACCCAAAGGUAACAGCACUGUAGGUGUGCUGAUGACAGUAACAUUUUCUUCAAAGAGUCUUACUGUGGAAAUGUUGACAGUGGUUUAGAUUUUAGUCACACAGUCUGAAAGAAACCACUGAUGACCUGUUCUGCGUUUUUUAUUUUUCACUCUGAAAAUGGCUGUUUCUGUUAAAAUCCUGCUUCCAAACAACCACCAAUGA